AUGGAGUCCUACGACGAUGGAUUUAUUGAGGAGCAAGAAGAGCAGGAGGAAGAGCGCACUGAGGAGAAGAUAAUCAAUGAAGAAUAUAAAACGUGGAAAAAGAAUGCGCCUUUCCUAUAUGACAUGAUUCUCAGCACUGCUUUGGAAUGGCCCACUCUCACAACGCAAUGGUUGCCUGACAAGCAGGAGGUUCCCGACAAACCAUACUCGACCCAUCGCUUACUGAUUGGAACACACACAUCAAGUGAUGCGCAAAAUUACCUGCAGGUUGCUCAUGUACAACUUCCUAAUCCUACCACACCAAAUACAGACGACUACGAUGAGGAGCGCGGAGAGAUUGGCGGUUAUGGUGGUAGUUCCAAGAAGUCACCCAUGGAAAUUAAGUUCAAUAUUGUCCAGAAGAUUGACCAUAAGGGUGAGGUCAACAAGGCCCGAUAUCAACCCCAAAACCCCAAUGUGAUUGCCACCAUGUGCACGGACGGAAGGGUCAUGAUCUGGGAUCGCUCGAAGCAUCCGAGUCUGCCUACUGGCACUGUCAACCCCCAGAUGGAGCUUCUAGGUCACACAAAAGAAGGAUUCGGUCUCAGCUGGAGUCCCCAUGUUACCGGUCAUCUCGUCACAGGCAGUGAGGAUAAAACUGUCCGACUUUGGGACUUGACAACAUACACAAAGGGAAAUAAGGCACUCAAGCCAACUCGUACAUACACUCACCAUUCCUCCAUUGUCAAUGAUGUCCAGUACCAUCCUCUCCACUCUUCGCUCAUCGGAACGGUAUCCGACGAUAUCACACUUCAAAUCCUUGAUAUCCGAGAGGCAGAGACAAGCCGUGCGGCCGCAUCUGCGGAAGGCCAGCACCGCGAUGCCAUUAAUGCCAUCGCUUUCAAUCCUGCCGCGGAAACCGUUCUUGCUACGGGGUCGGCCGACAAAUCGAUCGGUCUCUGGGAUCUGCGUAAUCUGAAGACGAAGCUACACACCCUUGAAUGUCACAGCGACUCUGUCACUUCGCUCUCUUGGCAUCCGUUUGAGGAAGCCGUUCUGGCCAGUGCAAGCUAUGACCGGAAGAUCAUGUUCUGGGAUCUGAGCCGAGCGGGCGAGGAACAAACCCCUGAGGAUGCGCAGGAUGGCCCGCCUGAACUACUCUUUAUGCACGGUGGCCACACCAACCGUAUCUCCGACUUUAGCUGGAAUCUCAAUGACCCAUGGGUUCUUUGCUCUGCCGCCGAGGACAAUUUGCUACAGGUCUGGAAGGUUGCGGAUGCAAUUGUUGGCAAGGAUCUGGACGAUGUGCCCACUGAGGAGUUGGAGCCUUGA